AUGUCUCUAAAGAUUCUCCAUAUCAUAUUGUUCAUUGCGCACCAGACCAGUCAGGUUACUUCGCAGUCAGUUGGCACGGGUGCCAAUUAUGUGAGAAACUUUAUAGAGUCCUUCCUCGCUCUGCCUACACUAGGUAUAGACAUACCUAUAACUGAAAUCCGGACUUUAGCUAAACUUGCUAGAGACUCUGGACUUUACAACGAAGACGCGUAUUUAAAUAUCAGCCAGUUGGUGAAUAAAUAUGGCUACGACUUUGAGGAACACUUCGUCACGACCCAGGAUGGAUAUAUUUUGGCGCUCCAUAGGAUACCCGGAAAAGGGCUGCCAGUUCUUCUGGUACAUGGGAUAUUGCUAAGCUCAGAUGAUUUUGUUGUAGCUGGACCUAGAAGUGCUUUAGCAUACUACUUGGCUUCUCAAGGGUACGACGUUUGGCUCGCGAAUGCAAGAGGAAACAAACAUUCCAAGCGACACGUGACUUUAUCCCCUAAUCAAAGUGAGUUCUUCAACUUCAGCUGGGACGAAAUCGGAAGAUACGACAUACCAGCGAAUAUAGACUAUAUUUUAAAUGUAACCGGGCAACAAAAGUUGAGUUAUGUUGGCUAUUCUCAAGGUAACACCGCGUUUUUUGUCAUGUGUUCUGAGUUCCCGGAAUAUAACGAUAAAAUCACUGUCAAAAUCGCCUUGUCUCCAAUAGCAUUCUUUUCGCGCCUGUUUAGCCCUUUUGUGAGAUUUCUUUUUAAAAUAAAUUACUUCGAAACCCAACAGGCUAUAGGCCAACCGGAAUUUUUGCCGAAUUCAUUUCUCACAAGCCCUAUUUGCACUCAGAUACCGGCGAUGAAGUUUAUAUGUAGUAAUAUUUUUAAUUAUUUAGUUUUUGGCUUCGAUAGAGCUCAGUUGAAUGUAACUAAUUUGCCUGUUAUAUUUAACCAUACGCCAGCAGGGUGUUCUUCCAAACAAUUUAUUCAUUAUAAACAAGUUUUGAAUUCUGGUAAAUUUCGAAGGUUCGAUUAUGGUAGAGAAGGGAACAUGGCGUUAUACGGUAUGAGGUUUCCUCCUAACUAUCGUUUGAAUCGAGUUACAGCCCCCGUAGCACUUACCUACAGUUUCAGUGACUGGUGGUCUAGUUAUGUGGAUGUGUUAAAAUUACGUCAAAAUUUGCCGAAUGUAGUGGAUUUCCACGAAGUAACGCAAUACAAUCACCUGUCUUACCUUUACGCCCAAAAUGUGAGGCCGAAAGUCUAUGAACGUGUUUUAGAUUUAAUAAGAAGAUAUACUACCUGAUAAUUCUUAUAUACUAUUCAUCUUUAUA